UAUCGGAAUAAUCCGCCGCUCGGAAUAAAAUAUUGUGAAUCGAUUACGCCACCGUUCGAUGGCUGCCCACUUAUUCCGGAGCUUACGAAGCUUGUGCCUUUCUGAUGCUGUCGCUGCCGGAAAUGCGCAGCGGCUGCUCACAGCAAACCUGCACACCACGGGCGCAUUGGCGAAAAACUGGAACGGACACAACACCGGUCCGCUGCGAUGGCUUCAGUACAACAAGGUGAUGUUUCCGCCGCAAGCACCGACCGACGAGCCACGGCCGGCUUACGUGUGCCACCAGAAGACGAACAUUAAGUACAGUCCGAAAAAGAUGUGGUACGUGGCGUCGUUUGUCCGAGGCAUGAGCGUAGACGAAGCAGUCAAGCAGCUGUCGUUCAUCGACAAGAAAGGGGCCAGCUUCGUGAAGGAGGCCAUCCUGGAGGCGGUCGACAUGGCCGUGAAGCGACACAACGUGGAGUUCCGGACCAACCUGUGGGUGGCGGAAUCCUUCUGCGGCAAGGGCCGGGUGUUUAAAGGCAUUCGACGUCACGCGAGGGCCCGAGUUGGUGAGGUCGAGUACAAACACUGCCACUACUUUGUGCGGCUGGAGGAAGGUUCGCCGCCGGAGCACUACUACCACCAGGCACCCAAGACCGGCGAACAGCAGCUGGAGGAUUGGAUAGGUGCGAUGAGGAGGCGAAAGAUCACAAGUUCGCUGUGAGAACCGAGUGUGGCCGAGUCAGUGUGAAAUAGAAUUCUUUAUUUAAGUUCUAAAAAUAUACUUUAAA